UCAGUGUCUGCUACCCCUCUCUGCCAAUCCCUCCACUGGCCUCCACUCAGUGUCCUCCACCCCUCUCUGCCAAUCCCUCCAGUCAGUGUCCUCCACCCCUCUCUGCCAAUCUCCAGUGGUCCUCCACUCAGUGUCCCCACCUCUCUGCCAAUCCCUCCACUGGCCUCCACUCAUGUCCUCCAACCCCUCUCCCUCCCUCCACUGGCCUCCACUCAGUGUCUCUCCAUCCCUCCACUGCCUCCAUCAGUGUCUUCCAUCCCCUCCCUCCAAUCCCUCCACUGUCUUCCACUCAGUGUCCUCCACCCCUCUCUGCCAAUCCCUCCACUGUCUUCCACUCAGUGUCCUCCACCCCUCUCUGCCAAUCCCUCCACUGGCCUCCACUCAGUGUCCUCCAUCCCUCUCUGCCAAUCCCUCCACUGGCCUCCACUCAGUGUCCUCCACCCCUCUCUCUUAAUCCCUCCACUGGCCUCCACUCAGUGUCCUCCACCCCUCUCUGCCAAUCCCUCACUGGCCUCCACUAGCUCAAUGAAUAAAAUUCAAAAUACUAACAACUUACAGAGCCAUCCACAACUCUGCCCCCAGCUACAUCACCAACCUGGUCUCAAAAUAUCAACCAAACCACUCUCUUCGAUCCUCCCAAGACCUUAUGCUCUCUAGUUUCCUUGUCACCUCCUCCCAUGUUCACCUCCAGGACUUCUCCAGAGCUUCUCACAUUCUCUGAAUCUCCCUACCCCAAUCUGUCCAGCUGUCUCCUAAUCUAUCCAGCU